CACAGGAGUACUUGCAAGUUGCAAUCGUAUUUUGUCUUUAUUUAUACAUCUCUUUUAUUUCUGCGCUCAACUCAAAAUGCAGUGCACAGCAACUCCAAAAUCUGCCUCCAUGGAAACCGAAGAGAAGCCUCCUUCUCCUUCUUCCUCUUUACACAUAGUCAUGUUUCCAUGGCUGGCCUUUGGCCAUCUCCUACCCUUCCACCACCUAUCAAAAUCCCUCGCUCUCUCCGGCCACAAAGUCUCCUUCCUUUCCACCCCAAGAAACCUCUCCAGGCUACCCAAAACACCCCUCAUUCACCUCGUCAGCCUCCCCUUCCCCGCCGUCGAAAAUCUGCCACCGGAAGCAGAGUCUUCAAUGGACAUUCCACACCAAAAAGCCCAGUUCCUGAAGAUUGCCUUCGACCUUCUUCAAACCCCAUUGCUCCAUUUUCUGGAAACCACAACCCCAACUCCAGAUUGGAUCGUCUAUGACUAUGCCUCCCAUUGGCUUCCCGGAAUCUCAUCCAAGCUCAACAUCUCCUCUGCCUAUUUCAGCAUCUUCUCCGCCGCUACCAUGGCUUUCACCGGCCCGCCGUCCCUCUUACUGAACGGCGGGAGAGACACCAGUCCGGAGUCUCUCUGCGUCGUUCCCAGCUGGAUACCUUUCGAAUCCGACAUCGCCUACCGGCCGCAUGAGAUCGCCAAGUACGCAGAGGGCGCCGUCGGGAACGAGUCCGGUACGCCGGACACCGUCCGGUUCGGUUUGGCCGUCGACGGGAGCGAUCUCGUGUUGUUCAGAACCUGUGUCGGGUUUGAACCGGAGUGGCUCGAUCUGAUUCGCGACCUUUAUCACCCGAAGCCGGUGAUACCCGUUGGCGUUCUGGCUCCCGAACCGGGACCGGACGCUGACCCGGCGUGGACGGAGGUCAAAGGGUGGCUGGACGAGCAACGAGCCAACUCGGUGGUUUACGUCGCGCUCGGGACCGAGGCGACGCUGAGUCAAACAGAGCUCACCGAGUUGGCUCUGGGUCUGGAGAAAUCCGGCCUGCCUUUCUUUUGGGUGCUGCGAAACCCGCCCGGAUCAACCGGAGAUUACGCCGAGAAGAUGCUCCCGGGAGGGUACAGAGAGCGAGUCAGAGGGGUUGUGACUACCCAGUGGGUCCCACAGGCUAGCAUACUGAGUCAUGAGGCGAUUGCGGGUUCCCUGACUCACUGCGGGUGGAGCUCGGUGAUAGAAGGGCUCGCCGGCGGGCAUGUUCUGAUCAUGCUGCCGGUGAUGAACGAUCAAGGGCUGAACGCGAGGCUGUUGGCGGGGAAGAAAGUGGGGGUGGAAAUACCGAGAAACGGGAGCGACGGGGCGUUCACGAGUCAGGCGGUGGCGGACACGGUGAGGUUCGCGGUGGCGAGUGAAGAAGGCGAGCUGAUACGCGCGAAUGCAGGGAGGAUGAAGGGAGUGUUUGGGGAUGGGAAAAGAAAUCAGAGUUAUAUUGACGACUGUGUUGCUUAUUUGGUAAAGCACAUGAAGCAUUGAUUCGUUGGUAAAGAACCAUUUGUGUAGUAAUGAAAAUUAAUAAAGUUAAAAUUAAGUUUCUAAUUGACUUGAUUAAAAUGAUGAGUUUCGUCAUAUAAACUCUAUUUUUCUAUCAUUAUGUUGACAUAGGCUAUGUUUGGCAGGCAUAAGUUUCUGUCUUCUACCUUUUGUAUUGUUCAAAAAGUCUCUAAAAGCUUCUAGUUGUAUGUUUGACAUGACAAUUUUUAAGAGCUUUUCA